AUAUACUGAUGGACCGCAAUCUAGAUCGGCAUCUUCCUCUGCAUGCGAUGCGCCGCGUUACACCGGAAGCUGGGCACGCAUAUCUCCAAGGUCAAGUCCCUGAGCAUGGACACCUGGACGGACGACCAGGUUGAUAAUAUGAAAUCGCACGGCAACAACAUCAUGAACAAGAUCUACAACUCGAGGAAUGUGAAGCCGCCCGUCCCGUCCGACGUCGAUGAGUCCGAUGCCUGCAUGGAGCGCUUUAUCCGCCAGAAGUAUCAGUACCGGUCGCUGGACGAGAACAAGCAGAAGCCCCCUAGUCGCCAUGAUUCCGGAUAUGAUCGGUCGCUGGAGGGAGGUGGUAGUGGUCGAGGUGGUGGUCCUGGAUCGCCCGAGGGCUCGCCUCCCCCGCUGCCUCCGAAGCCGGCGAGGCCGUUUGGGUUCGGGCUGAGGUCGGCGUCAUCGGCGACGAACCUCAACCGCAUGUCGAAUCGGGGCUCCGCCACCUCCCCUCAGUCGGAUACCUUUGGGGCGGGCAUCUCGGUCCGGAAAGGGUCCGGGGAUGCCUCGUUGGAUGCUAAGUUGGCGACACUGCGGGACAUGGGAUUUGCGAACGAGCGUCGGAAUGCGAUUGCGCUGCGAGAGCUGAGUGGCAACCUGGAGAAGACGAUUGAGACGUUGAUCCGGCUUGGAGAAGGCAAUGGGACGGUGACUCUGCCGCGGGCGAAGACCCCAGCGACUCCGUCGGCGGCGGACGCGGCCAAAUCGGCCAACCCGUUCGACAUGCUGGACGCCCGGCCUCCGACUCAACCCGGCAACAGCUCCUUCAACCCCUUCGAUGCGCCCCCGCCAGAGCCCCAAGCCCCCGUGCAAUCGCUCGAGCAGUCUUUCCAGAACCUGCAGGUCGCCCAGCCCUUGUUCCCGCACUCCACGGGCGGCUAUCCGAUGCGGCAGGCUUCGCUUCCUCAGCCCCUCUACCAGCAGACGGCCACUCCCCCCGUCCCCGCGAACUAUGCCCAGAGCGCAUACGUCUCCUCGCCGCAGCCGCUGGAUGGGGGUCACAACCCUUUCUUCCAGACCGGAGCCCAGCCGCAGGCCAGCUUGACCGCUCCAGUCGCCCAGAACAACCCCUUCUUCGGGCAAGUUUCGCCGCAGACGCAGAUGCAGCCGCCCCCGAGCCAGAUGCCCGCCGCUGCAUCUGCCUCGCCGUUCGGACCGCCCCGACACGCAAACACCAUGCCGAUCAUGUCCUCAUCAUCGCCAUUCGGCCAGACGUCUCCUUUCCAGACGCAGCCACAGGCCCAACCCCAACAGCAACCCCAACCGCAGUUUCAAUCUCAGCCCCAGCCCCAGGCGCAAUUCCAACAGCAGCAGCAACCGCAGUUCCAACCGCAGCCCCCGCAACCGCAAUUCCAGGUGCAAUUCCAGCAACCCCAAGGCUCCCUCAACCCCUACCAGUCCAUGACCGCCCCGGCCACGCCCCAGAGCGCGGGAUACCCCGCCCCCCCUCAGUACGGGUACCAAGCGACCGCCCAGCGACUGGUCUCGCAGCCCACCGGCCGAAACGUGGACAAGAACAGCAUCCUCUCCCUCUACCAGCUGUCGCAGCAGACUCCUUCGAUCCCCGAAAACCCGCAAUUCCAGCCUUCAGCCCAAACCCAACCUUUCAACCCUUACGCACAGACUCAGCAACAACCCCCGCAACAGUUGCAGCAGCAACAACCACAGCAGCAGCAGCAGCAGCCCUACCAACAACCCACCCUCGAUCCCACCGGGACCAGAAACCCCUUCUUCACCCCCGCUCCCCGCACCACCGCCCCUCUCGCCGCCCCGGGAGUCGGACCCGGAGUGGAUGCAGGUGCCGGAGCCGGAAUGCCCUACAUGUCCGCUCCGCAAGGUCAAGCCCAGCCUCAGCCUCAACCCUUCCAACAACAGCAACAACAACCAGCCGCAGCUCCCAGUCCCUUCACCAUGAACCCGAGCCCGACCCAGAACCCAGGUAUGGGAAUGAACAUGAACAUGGGAAUGGGAAUGGGAAUGGCUCCCAAACCAGCCGCCCCUGGAGGAAACUUCCCGCGGGGCCACAUGAGCCAGCAGAGCGUCGAUGUCAAUGGGUUCCAGAGUGGACGGCACAGUCCGGAUGCGUUUGCGAGUUUGAGUGCGCGGUAUGGGUAAAUUUCUCUCUACCGUUUUUCUUCUCUUCUCGUCUUGCUCCUAUUUGGACCGGAAGUGUGCUUGUGGUUGUGGGUGGAUUUGUCAGGCUGGACUGGAUUGGGUGGGGUAGAUGAUUAUCCUUCUCUGCUUCUGGUGUGAUCUGAUCACGUCUGAUCUAUGUAUGGGUUGGUGUUGGUUUGUUGGUUCGUUGGUGCGAUGUGGUGUGGUAUGAUAUGAUCGAUCCAUCUAUCCAUCCAUCCAUCUAUCUAUCUGUGUACUUCCUGUGCUCCUCCAUCUACCUAGAAUAUAGGAUGUAGCAUCUAGGAUACUUACUCAAUUUGAUGUACAUGCAUCUAGUCUGGUCUGAUCCAUCCAUCCAUCCACCCAUCCAUCCA